AUGGCUCGCGUCAAAGUGUUCCCCGUCGUCUUGCUGCUCGUUAUGGUCGUCUCGCUGCUCAUUACCACAAGUAAUCCUCUACUCUCUCCAUUGGGGAUCACUCAGGACUAAUUUCAUCUAUCUUACCACAAGCAUAUUAAAAUGGUCGCUAAUAGUUGAACUAAAUUAAAUCUGUGCAUACACUGCACUAUUCUUCCUUAUUGUGAAUUGAUCCUUUAACAUAUAAUUAUUUCUCCUCAAAUAAAGUAGAAUGUUAAUAAUAUUGCUAUCUGUGCCGAUGUGUUUUCAUAAAUGUUCGUAUCAUGGCAUCAUACUAAUUUUUGCCGUGGACGCAGGUUCUGCUCGAGAGUUAUCGCAGAAUGUGGAAGCGGGCCACAGGCUCUGUAGCCGGGCCAUAGGGUUCUGCUCUAUCUUUCGGCAUUGCUCAAUAACCUGCAGGAGGUUUGGUUAUGUCCGGGGAGGGUGCCAGGGCCAUUUUCGCCCUCAAUGCAUCUGCUACAAGCCAUGUAAACCGUAG